AUGAAUAACCUCUUCUCCAAGCCUAAGCGGGUCGUCUUCAUCGGGGCGGCUGGCGAGAUGUGCCGUAUUGCCGUCGAGCGCUUCGCGGCAGCCACGGACAUCCCGCUCGUCCUCGCCGACAUUAAUGUGGCUGCCAUUGCGCCGCUGGAGGCUACACUCCCUGUGGGACGGGCAACUGUUCUGAAGCUGGAUCUCUAUGAUCGUCCUGCACUACUCGCCGCCACCGAUGGCGCGUCGCUUGUCGUCCUCGGCGCCGGUCCAUAUGCCAAGACCAGCGAACCCGUGCUCACAGCCUGUCUUGAGAACAGAGUUCCUUACCUCGAUUUCGAUGAUGAUGUGGAGAGCACGACUGCAGCUCUCGCCUUGCACGAGAAGGCAAAGGCCGCCGGCGUGCCGUGCUUUAUUGGCUGCGGUGCCUCGCCCGGAAUGACGAAUGUAAUGGCCGUCGAUGCUGCCCAGGGAAUUGAGAAGGUGGAUUCGAUUGAUGUUUGCUGGCUAGUUGGUGACGAGCGACCUGGUAUUGGGAAGGCCGUUCUCGAGCACCUGAUGCACAUUGCUGCCGGCCCCUGCCUUACCUGGGCGAAUGGAAAAGCCAUUGUCAAUGAAUCGUGGGUUGAGACCGGUUAUGCCCCAAUGUAUGGUGACCACGGAGAGACGCUCCUCCACGAAACGGCCCACCCCGAGCCUGUGACCCUCCCACGCCUCUUUCCCAACGCCGGCCGCAUCCGCUGCCUUGGUGGCCUGCACCCUGCACCAUUUAAUGGCGUUGCCCGGGGCCUCGGUGUCGCUGUGCGGAGCCAACAAAUCACUCUUGAUGAGGCCGUUGGUUUCCUGCUGAAUCUGAUUAACAACCCUACCCCCAUGGAGGGCUGGCAGGCCGCUAUGGGUGAGGCCACUGGAUACUUCCGUGGCGGCGACAUCUCACUCAAGGAGCUGUGGCAGAUCAUCGCCCACACCGCCAGCGCCCUUGGACCAUGGCGCCACGCUAUCUGCGGAAUGCUUGACCAGAUUAAGACAGGUGAAUGUACCUCUGGAGAUGUGCUCAGCUUCCUUCUUGACUCUGCUCGCGGGAAGAUCGGACCGUACUGCGCAGGCCUAACUGUGCGGGUCGCUGGUACUCGCAAUGGCAUGCCGGUCGUUCAAACGAAGCGCACAGGCCCGUGUGGUGAGGGCUCUGUCCUUUUCAAAAAUAUGGCUGCUAUCACUGGGGGUGCUUGUUCCGCGUUUAUGAUUCAGGCACUAGAGGAUAGUUCCAAGCUUAGCGGGGUUUUUGCCCCCGAGGACUGGGUUGAACCCCAGGCCUUCUACAAAUCUCUUAUCCGUGUAGGUAUCCCGCAGAAUGAGCUCGCUCAUCUGCUUGAGGUUGGCGCUGAAGCCAAAUCACGACUGUAA